GCAUUUUCUUCCAAUAUCCCAGCGUGCAAAGGUACACACGCUUGCUGUGCGUUGGGACUGAACCUGCGUUGAACACGGAGCUGCUGCAUAAAGGUUUUGGCUGGUGGAGUGUGCGAGAAGCCUGAAGAUGGGAGUCCGUGUGCUGGAGAACCAGAAAGAUUUUGAAAUGGUGCUGAAGGAGGCAGGAUGCAAACUGGUGGUUAUUGACUUCUCCGCAACAUGGUGUGGACCUUGUCAAACUAUCAAGCCACGAUUCCAUGAAUUGGCAGAGAAAAACCCAAGUGUAAUUUUCUGUGAGGUAGAUGUGGAUGAUGCACCAGAUCUUGCUGAACAAUGUCAAAUAAGUUGCAUGCCAACAUUCCAUUUCUACAAGGAAGGAGAGAGGGUGUUUGACUUUGCUGGAGCCAAUCGAACAACACUGGAAGACAAAAUUCGAGAGCUGCAGUAAUGGCCUUUAAUCUUAAUGAAACCUGUGUUUCAAACCAAAAAUAAAUCAAUAAUUAAUCUUAGUUUCUGGUGAGGGUAUUUAAUUGUCUACGAUAUGAAAAUCAUUUCAGUUAGGUUUCCAACUGUAAAGACGCAUUUCCUCUUGACGUGAAAUGAUUGUAAAGUCUGGUUAUCUGUCUGGUCAUUGGGGACAGUGUAAGGGUGCAAUAAUACAGGCCACGUUAAAUUUAAUGCAAAAACAAUUUCAGCUUGCAUCAUUGUAGAUUGCCAGGCUGGGAAUCGGGCGUUAGUCCGACUACCCGAGCAUGUUGAAGGGAAGACGUGAGACUGCUUUUUUGUGUUGGUAGGGUCACAUCCGUUGAAGUUUGCACAGGCAGUAAUGUAAUUCCAGCUGGCACUGAAGCACAUUUUUAAGUCCCUAGUUGCUCUAUUGGAGAAACUUUAUAAACUGUUAAAAAGAAAGUGCGCACUCUCUCUUUGAGUCUUCUCACUUUUCUUUCUAUUCCAAUCUCCUGUUUUAAAGAAGGAAUGAAAACCUUUUGCCUCUAUCUUAUACACAUUUAUUUAACAUUAGAUCUGACUUAGAAACUGUGUUCUGCUGCCCUGAAAUUUGGGAAGUGGUGGAUCUGAUUUUGAAGUGUGCUGUCAUGCAAAUUGAAAUUGCUGUUUGCAUUUUUAUACAUUUUUUUUCCCUCUCUCUCUCUCUCUCUCUCUGUUUCCCUCCCUCCCCCCUUCGUUCCACGUUUCCACUAAUUACUGCUUAAUGUAAAAGCGCAUCCGAGGAUUAUUUAAUUACAGGACAAAUGGGGUUCUUAUUGAAAAUUUAAAAUUGGAUUGAUCACAAACUUACUGCUUCCGAAUUUAAACCAUUUCUCUCUGCAAGAAUUUGUGCCCCAUGCUAUAUCUUAACCUCGGAGUGCUCGAUGCUGACAUGAAAUUCAAAAUACACGUUAUUUUGUGAAAAUGAGAACAGAUAUUAACCCUUCAGUUGGUUCUUGCAUAAACUGCACUUAAUGCAGACAAUAUAUAAACCCAGCACAGCUAAUUAAACACAGCCUUUACCUCUUGAAGUUUAAAAGGUUCAGUCUCCAGACAUUACAAUCAUUGAGAGAGCCAUGACAAUCAGUGCAAAUAGACAAAGCUUAAAUUAUAUCAUUUUUCUGCCUCAUUCUUUACAUUGUGGGUAGUUUUGUGUUUACAGAUAACAAAAUGAACUUGGAUCGACUGGAUAAAUAUUUAUAAUUUACUGAAACUUAACUGUUAAAUGAGGUUUUCAGCCAUUGAAAGUCUUUUUUUCGCUAAAAUAGCUGCCAAUGCCAUUUUCACUUCAUGUACUUUCUAAAUUCAAAAAUGUAACAAGCAUGAUGGUAAGUAUGUUUUAAUGUCCCGAUUGUUAAAAGUGCCUUUGGCGCCUAACAAGAUGUGUUUUAUUAAAAAGAAACUUGAUUCUUUUAAA